AUGGACACAGCAGGUACAGACUCUGUCAGAACCGCAGUCACCCAGCAGGGUGUUCUUUUGGGCCAACACGAAGCCAGACUCACGAAUACCACAAGGGAGAUGGAGUUCUUAGCCAACCAAGUGGCUGAGUUGACCAACCGGAUCCAAGAGCUGCAACGAGAGGCUCCUCAGGGUGGUGCAGUUCACCAUCUUUCUCACCAUGAGCCUGAGCCCCGAUGCAAUAACCCACCACCCUAUGAUGGGGACCCCAAUUCCUGCCGGGCCUUCUUGUCCCAGUGUUCUGUGGUGUUUGCCUUGCAGCCACGCACAUACGCACUUGAGAUGUCCAAAGUGGCUUUUGUUUUGACUCUUCUGACCGGCAAGGCCAGAGACUGGGGAACCUCCGUCUGGGAGACCAAAGCUCCCUGUUGUGCUUCUUUUAAAGAUUUCCGCCAGGAGAUGGAGAGACUGUUCGACCACUCUGCAAGAGGUCAGGAAGCGGCUGACCAGCUAGCACGGCUCCGUCAGGCGGGUCGCUCAGUGACGGACUAUGCCAUUCAUUUUAAGACUCUUGCAGCGACCUGCGACUGGAAUGAGGGGGCCUGUCGAGCUAUGUUCCGUGCUGGGCUAGAGGAUGACAUCCAGGAUGAGCUGGCCACUCAGGACCUGCCACGUGACUUUGACGAUCUGGUUAACAUGGCGUUGCGCAUCGAGGGUCGCCUUCACCGCCGUCGUCAGCGCCUGGCAGUUCGUGCACCCUGGAGGACUGAGGAGUCGUCAUCUGUCUCCCCCACAGAAACCACUGAGCCUGAGCCUAUGCAGGUGGAGGCUGCUGAUUUGAAGGGGUUCCCGGUGGAGUACCUGUGCCAGGUGUUUAGUAAGUCCCGGGCCACCUCCUUACCUCCACAUCGCCCUUAUGACUGUGCCAUCGAGCUCCUCCCAGGCACUUCUCCGCCCAAGGGUGCUGGGUUCUUCUUUGUCAAGAAGAAGGACGGCUCCUUGCGUCCUUGUAUAGAUUAUCGAGGCCUGAAUGACAUCACUAUUAAAAACAGGUACCCCUUGCCUCUAAUGUCAUCUGCCUUUGAGUUAUUGCAGGGAGCCAAGGUCUUCACCAAGCUAGACCUUCGGAAUGCCUAUCACCUUAUUCGCAUACGUGAGGGGGAUGAGUGGAAGACAGCUUUCAACACACCUACGGGACACUUUGAGUACCGGGUCCUACCAUUCGGUCUGACCAAUGCCCCAGCUGUCUUCCAGGCCCUGGUUAAUGACGUGUUGAGAGACAUGGUGAAUCGCUUUGUCUUCGUGUAUCUUGAUGAUAUCUUGAUAUUCUCCCCAUCUCUGCAGGUACACACUCAGCAUGUUCGCCAGGUGUUACAACGGCUGCUGGAGAACCAGCUCUAUGUUAAGGCGGAGAAGUGCGUCUUCCAUGCCCAGUCGGUUCCGUUCCUGGGGUUCGUUGUUUCUGCGGGGGAGAUCAAAGCCGACCCCUGUAAGGUAAGGGCCGUUGCCGAGUGGCCAGCUCCUGACUCUCGUAAAGCUCUGCAGCGGUUCCUGGGGUUUGCCAACUUCUAUCGGCGGUUCAUCCGGAACUUUGGUCAGAUUGCUGCACCUUUAACGGCACUCACCUCUCCCAAGACCCUGAACGGCAAUUCAUUGUUGAGGUGGAUGCCUCCGAUGUCGGAGUGGGCGCGGUCCUAUCUCAGCGGUCGCACGAGGAUGGAAAGGUGCACCCCUGCGCCUUCUUCUCCCACCGCCUGAGUCCCCCAGAACGGAAUUACGACAUAGGUAAUCGGGAGUUGUUGGCGGUCAGGCUGG